AUGUACAAGCGCAGGACGGAGCUGCUGCAGGAGGUGGUAGGCAUGGCUGCAAAGCGCCCGGACAUAAUGAGCGUCCAGACAGAGGCCGCGCGGGACGGGAACUACACAGUAGACAUGCUGGUGGUCAACCUGGAGCCCAGCGGGCUCAGCACAUCUCAUUCUAACAAAGUCAGGCUGCUGCUGGACUUUGGGGAGCACGGGCGCGAGUUCAUAUCGUCAGAGGUGGGCCUGCGCUUCCUGCGCACCCUCACCAACGACACCGCGUUCGAGGCCGCGGCCGGCGGGGCGCGGCGCGCGGCGCGGCUGAGGCGCAUCCUUGACCUGUGCGUUUUCAAGAUCUUGCCAAUGGAGAACGCGCGCGGCCGCGAGCUCGUCGAGUCCGGCAAGCUGUGCGAGCGCAAGAACGGCCGUGGCGUGGACACCAACCGCAACUGGGGCGUGGACUGGGGCGUCAAGGAGAAGGACUACGAUCCGAACGAGGAGUACCCCGGGACAGCGCCGCACAGCGAGCCGGAGGUCCAGAUCAUCAUGCGGCAGGCCAAGGCCCUGAAGCCUCACGUCUGGCUGAACGUGCACUCUGGGAUGUACGCGCUGUUCACGCCCUACGACCACAAGCCAUACGUCCCCGAAGGCGAGGCGGAGCAGGCGUCACUGCGCAUCAUGCGCCGCAUCAAUGAACUCAGCUGCCAGGGCAAAUGCGUGAUCGGCUCGGGCGGCAAGUCGGUUGGCUACCUGGCCCACGGCACCGCCACAGACUACAUGUACGACGUCCUGAAGGUGCCCCUGGCCUUCACCUGGGAGAUCUACGGGGACGAGUCCGCGGGCUUCGACGACUGCUUCCGAAUGUUCAACCCCGUCACGCGGCCCCUGUUUGAGGAGACCGUCAAGUCCUGGGUGUCUGCCCUGCUGCAGCUGGUGGAGUUGCUGCCGACCCACCCCGCCACCGCGCCGCUGCUCAAGGCCGCGGCCGCCGACGCGGCGCCGGCGGGCGCCGCGCCGGCCGUGCAGCGGCGGCAGGGGCUGGACGCGGAGGAGCCGCGGCCGGGGGCUGAGGGGCAGCAGCUGGAGGAAGGGAAGGGGGCGUCGGGCCAGGAGGGCAGAGCGGAUUCAGAGGCAGCAGCAGCAGCAGCAGCAGCAGCAGCAGGGCCCGGGGCGGCCGGCGCUAAGGAGGGCGCGGUGGCCGAGGGCCAGCAGCAGCAGCAGCAGCAGCAGGGUGGGACGCUGCCGCGGCCGCUGCGCGCCCAUAGCAGCGAAGGGCGCCUGCGGGACCCGCAGAUGCCGGCGCAGCGGCUGGCAAGCACCCAUUGGCUGGUCCCCGCCGUGGUGAUGGCCGUGGCGCUGGGCGGGCUGGUGUGGGGCAGGCAACAGCACAAGGCCGCCGGCUAG